AUUUAGGACGUCAUUGUCGCAUUCUUUUAAAAUCUUAUCCAUUUUUCGACCAAAAGAAGAAAAUAGUUUCCGUUUAGCACCAAAAUGUCUAACUAUGCGACUAAGGAGGUUUCACUCUUGUAAUAAGUUUCCCUUAGAAACAAAUUAUGUUUAGUUUUCUUUUUUGAGUAAUUUGUGAUUGUAUCAUAAAUAAUAUACUAAAUUACUCUUAUUUAUCCGACAUGAUAUAAUUCCGAUCAUAGUGAUACAAUAUGUCUUAUCAUAGUGGUAGGAUUUUGUGAUAGAACUAAAAAAGAUGAUAAAACACAACAUGACUGAUAGAAUAAACUCUUAAGGAGGAUGAAAACUUGAUGCAUAGUUGUCAUAAAAAAAAACUACGGAAUAUAAACAAAAAUUUGGUGAUAAAUCAAUAUUUUUAGUGAUAAUAUUUACAAAAAAUUAGGAAUCAAAGGCACCUGAGAUAACAACAAAUCGCUUAUUAAUUCGUUAUUAUAUAUCCUCCUCGAGGACAGCCAAGAGGAGCAGAAAGAGAAUUUGACAGGAAAGUUGUUUAAUCUUCCCGCCGGACAGUUUUGUCAACGAUUAGAAAUUAAUUAUCGAAAAUCCGCCCACUAAUUGGGACAUUCAAUUCCCUCAUUAAUUCGCAGAAUAAAAGGAGGAGACUAAUUAAAUUCUCUACCAAAAAAGUGGCCGCGCGCAAAAUUUGAGCCAAAGGCGCAGCAAAAGCGGCAAUCACUGCUACAGAGCUAAAUUGCCAUCCGCUUCGCCCCACUCGGCUCUCCAAUCUUCCAUUUUCCCCCCUCCUUUUUUUUUUCUCUCACGCUUUUCGUCGAACACUUUCCUUUCAUUGCUUCAAUCCCUUCCCCCAAUCCUCGCCGUCUCUGUGUGAACAAAAACAUCAUACCUCCCCACUCCAUCAUCAUCGCCGCACUCUUCACUCGACUCAAUCCGUUCAGUCUCGGUAAGUUCUUUGUCGAUCUUUCCUUUGUUGGUUGGUCUCGAUGAUAAUGGCCAUGGAAAAUUCAACUCGCCCCCGGGCGAAUUGAAUGCAAUUGACGACGUGAUUGACUGGGCAGUGGGGACUCUGCCGCUAGCCUUGCAGACGUUCCCCGCAGUCUUGAAUUGAGUUCCCAUGUCGGCCGGUCGGUCGCCCAUUGGAGUCUUUUUAUCCCCCGGUCCAAGGGUUUUAAGUGGGAAUUAGUGAUUGGGGAAAAGUUGUAUUAUUUCUUUCUGAAAGUUUAGUUGCAGGAAGGAAGGAUCUUAUCGUUCUCCAGAUCCCUAUGCUACUCGAUCUUUUGUAGUUUCUUCCGUCUUCUUGUGCCACCAUUAAUGCUCUUUGUUUUCUUUCAGACGAAAAUAUCCACGUCCUGUUUUCCUUGUUCACCAGUCAUUAAUCCUUUCCCUUUCUCUUGAGUUCAUGACCCAAUUGCCUAAAAUUGUUUUAUCUCAGUGUUUCCUUCCCCUGUUUUGGUUCUUAACCCUGAUUUACUUGUCUUGCAAUUCUUUCCAGUUGGUGUUCUCAAUUGGGAAUUUGGGAUAGCUGUUUGAGGAAUUCAAGGAGUGUUCUUGAGCCGAGAUUGUGCUGUUCGUGAUGGCGGAAAGGAAGUUGAACUUCAACGCUCCUCUUCUAUCCGUGAGGCGAUUCUCUUCCCCUGUAAGAGGUUCAGAAGCUAGGGGAGACGUGAAAGCCGAAGAUUCCAAGCUUGACAGGCGCUACUCCCUUCCUGCACAGAACACAGACUCCAGUUUGGAGCAAGUUACGGAGCCCGUCGCAGUUCCGUUCAAUUGGGAACAAAUCCCCGGCAGGAGAAAGGACGGUGGCGGCCACGGCGUAGCUGAGCCACGUGUCCGUGAAGCAAAUUAUGCUUCUCCGAGGUUUCCUAUCAAAUGGGUUCCCGGUAUUGUGAAGAAUCACGAGGACAAGAAACUUAAAGUUCAUACCCCUGCAACUGUAACUACCCAGUUGAAAUCCAGUUCAUUAGACCACAAAGUGACUGGGGCGACGGAGACCACCUCAAAAGGAGCUAAUGGGAAUGCAGAUAACGAUGAUGAGAAUGAAGAUGACAGGUACUCCGAUGCACUCGAGUCCUUAUCUGCUGCAGAUUCCUGUUCCAUGAAAUGCAGCGUAAGCGGGCUUAGCAGCUCCGAUUGGCCGGUUGUUAAGCCAUCGGGGACUUUCUCAACGGACCCACAAACCCGAGAUUUCAUGAUGAGUCGGUUCUUGCCUGCUGCCAAGGCAAUGGCUUUGGAGCAACCUCAGUAUGCCACGAAGAAGCAACCUGCGCCAGCGGUUGAGCAACCGAGGCAGAUUGUCAUAAAGCAAGUUCGUAGGGAUAAAUCACCCACUGUUACCCGUUACGAAUCUGCUCUUGUUCCAUAUUACCCAAAGGAUGUAGAAGAGCCGGAAGAAGGUGAAGAGGAAUGCGAUGAAUAUGAUCAAGAGUCUGUGAAUAUAACAAGUAAAGCUUGUGGCUUUUUCCCUCGCUUAUGCUUUAAGAAUUCAGUCUGCCUCUUGAAUCCUGUUCCUGGGAUGAAAGUUAAAAGCUUGCCUUCCUUCUCUUGCUCCACUGGAAAACCCAAGAAGCCAAGUAGUAAAGCACCUAGUCGUUCUAGCAGCCCAAGUUCCAAAAAGGCUUCUAAGGAGAAUUCUCGUGAACUGAAGCAACGAAGUGGAACUCAAUCGCCUAGGUUCAGUGGUUCCGAGAGUUUCAAUUAUGCAAGCGACAAGCAAAUGACUGGAAGGAUAUCUCCGUUUAGUCGACGUUCGGGGCCUUUAUCCCCUUACCGCAGUGCUCCACAGUCACCCUUCCGAGGAACUGGGCCUCGUGGACUAUCCAAAGAAGCUGAAAUGUUCAAGUCCAGCAAGCCUUAUUUGUACUGCAAAGGUGGUAGCAAGUCACAGGAACUGACGCCGGUUCAUCUCAUUAAGCAAGGUAAUAACAACCAUCUGAAGACACUGUAUAUGGAUACUGUAAAUUCGGCUAAAGCAUCGCGUCCAAGUUCUGGAAAGGAGCUCGUGCUAGUUCCAAAAAGCAGGGAAUUUGGGAAACUUGGAAGAACAGAAUCUUCUUUGAAGGCUGCUGCCAAACUCAAUUCUCCACUGGACCAGUUAUGUGCAGAUUCUAAGGCGUUGGUGUGUGUAAGUGGAAAUGAUUCAGGAACUGAUCCACUGCCUCCACUUCUGCCUAAAACGCCAUCGGAGUCGUGGCUUUGGCGCACUCUGCCUGGGGUCUCGUCCAGAAGUCCUUUCGGUCGUGCUACUAGCUCCCAGAGCAAGUGGAUUGAUUCCAAGACGACGAGUAGCAAGUGGGAGACAAUGGUGAAAUCAUCUAAUGUGCAUCACGAUCAGGUCCGCUAUUCUGAGGAAUUGAAACCAUAUCCCUCCCAGCAUUUGAAAAGCUAGAGAGAUGCUGAUGAAGUUGCUCCCUGAAUCUUCUUACACAGACAUCCAUGGUCAAAACCUAUUCGAGCCCAUUUUUUUUUUGGCGUAAAUAGAGUUUUGUAAUUGCAGAGGAGAUGACUACUCUGUUCUUGAUUCCUCCAACGAUUGGUUCGAGACAUAUCAUCCGGUAUGGUCGCAUGUUAAGUGAGUUUUUGUGUAAAACCCUGCAGCCACCUCGACUCUGUGCCAUAUGCACUCAUAGAAGGCGGAGGCAACUAAUAUAGUAUACGAGUGCAGCACCUUGUAGAUUGAUUGAUGCCCUGUAGAUUCAUUCAUUCGAUGUAUCACUCGAAAAAAAGCAGCAUCCGUUCAUCAGGACCUGAAAUUGAGAACAAAUUAGUACAGCACUGUUGAGAUACACAGCUUUCUAAUGAAUUUGACAUUGUUUUUGCCAGUUUGUGCUGUCUGUAUGAACCAAAAUCACUCUAUGUAAGACCAGGAGUACUUAGAAAGAUGUGAGUAGCCGGCUGUUUGGUCAGAUUUUUCAGUACUCCGCAACGACUACUAAAGAUCUGAUCGAUGAAACUGGAAGGUCAAAUAGCAACUAUAUUCUUUGGGCCAACAUAUUUGGUGCUUACAGGAUGAAACGGGAAAGUUGUUCCAUUAUUCAAAAUGAACUAAGAUGUGUAAUGGAUGAGCUAGAGAUAUCAUGAUGGCUAGGGGUACAGAAAGGUCGAAGCGCAGCUUGAUUAUAUUGCUCCAAUGUAUUUUUUAGAGUUUAGAGGACCAACAACAUUAGUAUACAUCAUUUAUACCUAGAUCCAUGCAUAUUUUCCCCAUCGAUAUUGGUUCGCCGUAUCAUCAUGUUCAUGUAUGUAGCAAGGCAAUUGUUUAGCCUAGUAUCUGACCCAUAAAAAGCUUGUUGUCAUGUUUGGUACGUAUAAUAUUUGCUUCACUGGUCUUGAUGUUCUACUCUGAUCUAUGUACGAACAUUGUUGAAAGAGCUGUGUCUCCAAUAAAUUAUAUUAUGAUAC